AUAAUUGAUUGUAAUAAGACAAUGUCCAUAAAGUGGACACCAUGGUUUGAUGUACCGAUGCAUCGUCGUCUCGAGUGUCUCAGCGUUGGAUUGAUUGUAUUUUGUGAAAUUGCCUUGGGGCCAAUUUGUACAUUUAUUUUCUUACUGUUGAUAUACAUCGGAAAUGUCUACGUAAAAAUCAUUUGCUCGUCAUAUUUGGCAUUCAUUUACUAUGAUCGGCACACAAGUGAUCAGGGUGGUCGUGGCAUUGGAUUACACUUCAUGAGAAACUUGAGUGUGUGGAAAUAUUGUCUCGACUAUUUUCCAAUUGAAUUGAUAAAAACAGUGGACUUACCACCUGAUCGGAACUAUUUAUUUUGCAUUUUUCCACAUGGAUGGCUUAGUCUUGGAGCUGGUGCAAAUUUUGCAACAAACCAUUCAAAAUGGUCGAGAUUAUAUCCGAAAAUUCGUCCAAAAUGUACAACACUCGGUUUUACAAUGUUAAUGCCGAUUCAACGUGAGAUUCUUUUGAAUUGCGGUUUUAGUUCAGCAUCGGCGAAUUCAUUGUCGGCACUUUUACAGCAAUCAAAUGACCCAAAUCAUGAUUCAAAUAAUGAUGGUUACACAUCAAAUGGGGUCGCUUUAAUUGUCGGUGGUGCUCGUGAGGCUUUUUUUACUCAUCCAAAUGCGUAUAAAUGUUAUAUUAAAAGACGCAAGGGAUUCGUUAAAAUCGCAUUACAAAGUGGUGCAUCACUUGUGCCAGCCAUUUCGUAUGGCGAGAAUAAUAUGUACGAUGUCGUUGAUUAUAAGCUUGGAUCAUGGGUAAUACCUUGCAAUGGAAAAAUGUGAAAAACGAUGAAAAUUAUAUUAGUGUAUUUGAAUAAAGAAGAAGGUGGCAUACGUAAUAGG